CUCGGACUCGGAGGUUAUGCAAAAAGCAGUCAAUGACAAACUCAACAACAACAACAUAAAAUAGUGCUUAAAAUGCAAUUGCUCAAGCUGCAAAGUAAAGUUUUAGGUGUAAAGACCCCACAAUGGAUACAAGUGGCAACUUUGAUGAAACUAAAGCUGCCUCAAAACUAUAGCCAUGUUGAGAUGCCAGAGCGUCGGCGUCUUGUUGUGGCUCAGAAACAGCCACUACCCAUGGCACCUAUGGAUCCCUUCCCUAAAAUGCAGAAAAUGCUGAACCUCAUGAGGGGCCCAGAGCUUGUGCACAAUACCCUGGUGUAUGGAGAGUUUGGUGUCCAGGCAUUAGAAGGGGGACGGCUUCGUUUUGAGCAUUUUGAGAGCUGCAGAAUGCAGGUAGUACGUAAAAUGAACGAAAAGAAAGCGUUUGCCAUCUACCGCGUGCUAUCUCCAUGGCAGGCUGUUACGAAGAAACCACUAGGGCACAGAAUGGGUAGUGGAAAGGGAAACAUACAUCAUUGGGAAACGCCAGUAAAGCCAGACAGAAUGAUCUUUGAAAUUGGGGGGAAAAUUGAGUUCGAGGAAGUCGAGGACAUUUUAACAGUAAUGGCACAUUAUAUGCCAUUUAAGGCUAGAGUGGUUACUCGGAAAAUGUUAGCAAAGGAAAAUGAAGAGAAAAAAGUUUUAGAAGAGAAAAAUAAGAACCCGUUUUCUUGGAAAUAUUGUGCCGAGAACAAUAUGCUUGGAAUUAAACAGUUUGUCAGUCCUCAUCAAUUAAAAUGGGAUGGCAAAUAUAGAUAGUAUUGUGUGUUUUUGAUGAAAUAAAACUUUUUCAGGUU